CAAAAUUCAGACUUUCAAAAACACUACAAAAAAAUUUUUUUUUUAGUCAAAAACAAUUAGAUUAUUAAACCAUUUAGUUUCUUGUAAAAUUUCCGUUAAAACUCAACACAAAAUCCACCAGUUUGCUGUUUUACCAAUCGAAUAGCUUCCGACAACUUUGGAGCCAGCCUUUCGGCACGAAAUAUAUUUUUGGCCUACAGGACUCUUAUUUGUUUAUUUUUUAGCAUUGAAUAUAUGAAGCGCCCAGUUUCUGCGCACACAGAACAAUGAGUUGCUUCUGUUUUUAGUGGCCCGAAUGAAGCACAAACAACGCCAACAUAUUUCGAAAAUCGAAGAACACAGUUCAAUAGCAUGCAUGAAAUUAAUGAGGAUCGCGUGCGUGGUUGCCGACCGGCAAGACAAUGUGGUCCCAGACGCGGUUUGGACGCAGCCACGCCUAGGUUUCCGCCAUCGCCACGCCAAUAUGAGGCACACGAGUUUGGCUUAUGCGAAGACGAGCAAUUCCAACAUCCGCGUAUGUUCGAAAAUCUUAACUUUGAAACGAAUGCUGGUGCCUUUGAAGCGAUGCGUGCGGCGAACGCUAGGCCAGCAUAUCAACAGCAACCGCAAUUCAAUAUCUGUGAUCUGCCAUCAGAACAGCUGGAUGAUUUUUCAAGCCCCGAGUUUAGUGAAGCUUAUGACGAGGACGCAUGCAAUGUUUGUCCGCAACAGCAAAAAACGCCUGAUAUUUGCGAUAUAUCCGCGCCGGACUUUUGCGACAUAUCAGAUGCUUCACCGUGGCCGGCUCAAACGCCGCCAAGGCGUGUGCAGUCACCCAGAAGACAGCAACAGAGAACUCCUGAUUUAUGCGAUAUAUCCGCGCCGGACUUUUGCGACAUAUCAGAUGCUUCACCGUGGCCGGCUCAAACGCCGCCAAGGCGUGUGCAGUCACCCAGAAGACAGCAACAGAGAACUCCUGAUUUAUGCGAUACAUCCGCGCCGGACUUUGGCGACAUAUCAGCCAUUUCAACCGGCUCUCCGAGGCGUACACAAUCGCCGGUGCACCAACAGCGAAGCCGAUCAUUUCCGGAUAGUUGCUUAGAUGACGAAUCGGCUCCAAUAUGCAACAGCACAAUGUGCUCGCCGUCGCCACAAGUACAUUAUACACCUAUCGGUUUGAUGGAUACACCCGAUGUGUGUGCACCAACACCACCGGCCCCGACACCAACACCGCCACCUCAUUUUUCGCCAAUCAGACUACAACCAUCGCCUGUACAGUAUCCCAGCGAAUGCUUGGAAGAUAUUUCUGUGCCUUCAUUUGAACGCACCGUCUGCGAUAUGCCAUCGCCAGCAAGAGUGCAAAUGCCGGAGAAUUUACCUUCCGAUAUGGUUUGCGAUAUUAGUGCUCCGUCGUUCGGUUCACCGCCAACGCCGUCCAUGUCCUUUCCAAGUGAGGCAUUAGAACAAAUGACAAUGCCUUCAUUCGAGGACGCCUCAUGUGGUUCACCAUUAGAUAUGCGCUUCCUCUUGGAUUCCAGAUUGGCCGAAGAAAGCCCACCGUCAUUCGCCUCCUCACGUGCUUCCUCGCCAAAACGAUCCUUCUCCAGAAGAGACACACCUUUGCCAGCAGCGCCAUCUUCACAAGGUGUCUGCCCUUCACCGUGUGCAGUAGGCCAACAGGAACAACAAAACUAUGAGCCUACUCCGAUACGCAAACGACCACCACGUAGGUUCAAUCUUGCACAGUUAAUAUCACAACGUUCAGCAACUGCAGAAUGCUCACCCAUGAGAGCUUCGUGUCCUUCUACAGUAGGUACACCUACUCCCCCAGCGCCACAUUUUUCCUAUUAUUCUCCGACACCAGUUCGAGGUCACACUCUACCUAAGGACUUGCCAAGUGAAUGUCUCACAGAUGUCAGCCAACCAUCAUACUACAGCAGUCCUCCUCGAACACCUGGUCGAAUGCGUCCCCUGCCUAGUAAUUUACCUAGUGAAUGUCUUGGGGAUAUUAGUGAGCCAUCAUAUGAAAGGACCCCACCCGCACGAACACCGUCUCUGCCACAUGAUCUGCCAUCCGAACUUUUAUGUGAUAUGUCCCAACCGAUGUACGACACACCACGCAGUGAACGUUUGUCCAGCAUGACAAUGCCUUCAUUUGAAGAUGCAUCUUGUGGAUCACCACUGGAUCGGCGAUUUUUGUUGGAUUCAAGAAUUAUGGACGAAAGUCAACCAUCUUUUGCUCCUUCACCUUGCAGUUUAUCGCCGUGCAGAUCUUUUUCGCCAUGUGCUCAACCAACAGCAAUAUAUCCAUCCAUUCCACAUGCACAGUCCCGAUCUGCAACUCCUCAACGAUCACAAUAUUCCCCUCGGUAUUCACCAGCACCAAGGUCUGCACGUUCAAGGAGUCCCUCGCCUGUGUGUUCUCCUACUCCACCUGCCCCGCAUUUCAGUUUGCGAUCUCCUACACCGGUGAGAUCACCAACCAGAUGCCCAAUGCCAACAGAUAUGCCAGAUGAAUGUUUGACAGAUAUAACUGAACCAGAAUAUUUUAGCAGUUAUUGCAACGCAUCGCCCCCUCAAAUGUCAUUCCCCAGUAAUAUGGGCAGUGAAUGCAUAUCUGAUAUUAGUGCUCCAUGUUUUGAGAGGACGCCACCUAUUAGGACUCCGGAAAUGCCAAAGAAUCUACCAUCAGAUAUGUUAUGUGACAUAAGCUCACCAAAGUAUCAAUCGCCAGGUAGUGAGCAUUUAUCUUAUGAAUCAAUGCCAUCUUUUGCGGACACUUCGUGUGGAUCACCAUUAGAUCGAAGAUUCCUUUUAGAUCCCCGUUUGGCUGAUGAAUCCAUGCCUACAAUGGUUUCUUCUAGAUCACCAUCACUUUCACAUGGAAACCAGUAUUCAUCAAGUGUAAAAGACGAAUCGAGCUUUGACAAAACAUAUUGCGAAAUUAUUCAGCGUUUCAAUUCAUUAAAGUCUAAACUUGAUACACCUCCGGCUGGCACAUCUGGUCAUUCAGCACAACCUAGUUUGGACAAUGGCGGGCUGCCACCAGGUGAAUGUGUUCGAGAAACAGUUAUAGAACGAACGGAAAACGAGAAUGGACAACUUGAAAGCACCACCCAGCACAUUGUUGUCACAGUUGAUCCAUGCGGGUCCAUACAAACACACACUAAAGAGAUUAAGACUAAAUUUCCCACUAGUUCACCUACUAGGUUAGCCCCUCCUUCCGCGGAUUCCGGUAUACUCACCCAAAGCCCAAGGCCAGCAGCACAAAUAGAAAAUUUGCGUGACUCCAUACGUAGACGUUUAAGUUUCGAUCUAUCCGACAUGCCAUGUGACAACCUAGCCGAUAUCACUCCACCAUGCGCCGAUGACUUACCGUCUAUGUCCGCAGAAAAUAUUCUGCAACAUUUAUCAAGCAUUCCUGAAGAACAACUAUCAAGAGUUUCAGCACCAUCUUAUCGAACUCCACCGGUUCCAUCUCUUUCAUAUCCAAGUGAAAUGUUGGAUGAAAUGUCCAUCCCAUCUUUCCAGAAUGCAUCAUGCGGUUCACCGCUUGAUCGGCGAUUCCUACUGGAUCCUAGACUAGCAGACGAGAGCCCACCAUUAUUUGCAUCAUCCUACGUCUCAUCACCAACCUCACCUUAUCGUUCCGGACAUUCAACAGCGCAAACGCCGCAUUUACGCAGCCGAGACCAAACAUCAUUUCAAGCAUUCACUCCUCAACGUCCAACGCACAAAAUGCAACCAGAGUUUGGUACUAUUAAAUCACCAGAACGAUUCCAACCGCUUUCAUCAACUUUAAGAGAAGCACAAUCGCCCUCAAUGCACACUCCACCAGCGCCCCACUUUUCACUGCGUUCACCUACACCAAUUGGUCCGCCACCGGGAAGAAGUUACCCAACAAAUUUACCUCACGAGCAAUUAGCUGACAUAAGUGAGCCAACUUUCCUCAGCAGUACACCAAUAACUUCCCCACGAAGAUUCUCCCUACCAAGAAACAUGCCGAGUGAACGGCUUGACGAUAUGAGCCAACCAUCUUACCAGAGAACUCCACCUCCGCAAACACCGCGCACACCAACGAACUUACCCAGCGAAAUGCUUGGGAAUAUUUCUGCACCUUCUUAUCAAUCACCAGCAAGUGAACAUAUUUCACAUGUCACUAUGCCCAGUUUUGCGGAUGUCUCAUAUGAAUCACCACUAGAUAGACGAUUCCUCUUAGACCCCAGAAUUGCGGAUGAAUCUAUGCCAACAUUAUUAAGAACGCCAUCCACACAACGAACACCCGUUACUAGUACACACAGACCAGGUACAAGUACACCAAGACCUGGCGCAGCUAGACGUCGUCUUUCGUAUAGUCAGCCGGACUCAACGAGAGGUAGCCCGUUCAGAGGCAGUCCCAAAAGAAGCAACUCUGAAGGUAGAGAUGGCCAAGGUCUUCGUGGCCCAGCAACUGUAGAGCAAACGCACACGACAAUUAAACAAAGCGGCACCUACGAACAACAACACAGUGUAACGCCGGGGCAUUCUGGCACGCAAGGACGCCACGAUCAAACGCCUUUAAUGGAUAGCGCCAAAGAGCAACUCAAAAUAACAACCUCAACUGUUUCUAUCUCACGUGUUUACCACGACGGACCGACUGAAACUGCAACAGGUGGCCACCAACGCAGGAGAAGUAUGUCACUGCCUAGUGAAAAUCUCGGCGAUAUUUCAAUGCCCGCCAGUCCACCUUCAAUGGGUAUGUCGACAACAAAUCGUUUACAACAACGAAAUAUGUCACCAAUGAGCCAAAUGCUCAAUGACGUUUCCAUGCCGCCAAGUCCACCAUCAAUGUCAAUGACACGAACUGGGCGCUCAACACCACGUCGAAAUCGACGAAGAUCUGUUCAAGAUGUCAAUGAUAUAUCGCCCAUUUCUUUUGCAUCUACAAUGCCCUCCACCGAUAGAUCUGGAUCGACUACGGGUGGUGGAAGAACGAGCGGCAAAUAUACAUCAACAUCAUCAAGAGGUUUCUCUGGUUUAGCGAAUUACGCGCCUUUCUGCGAACAGAUUCGUUCGCGUAAUAAUUCCAAUGCAUGUGAUCCCUGUGACCCUUGCUGCCCCACUGUUCAAGAUGUAGAUACUUGUGCUGAUUUCUCCAAUUCAGAUACAUGUGAUCCAUGUGCUGGUUUUCUAGAUUCUAACAGAUCUCAGAAUAAUAAAAUUUGCUAAAGAGAUAUAAUUCAAUUGGUAAAACAACACAGCAGAACUUUUCAAAUCGCAACUAUGUAAAGCACAUAAAAAUAUUCGGUACGCAAAAUUUUAUGUAAGAGU